AUGGUAUCACUGACAGCUGCGACUGCUCGCGUCGUGCAUGUGCCUUGUCACCGCAUCUUGAAUCACCGGGACGCCGCGGACCGCUGCGCCGCUUCCACGCGCAGCAGACGCGGGGUCCUCCUUUGCGCCAGCAGCAGCGGCGUCGCCGCCGGUGCGCCCCGACCCACCGUUACCCCAGCACCAGCGCGCCGCGGCCCUCUCGCGCCGCGCGCCGCUGGCGAUGACGGGCCGCUGCCUGCGCCGCGCCCUGAGCGCAAGCCGUUGGUGGUGGUGGGCAGCAUCAACGCGGACAUAGUGUUGGCGGUCGAACGCAUCCCCGCGCCCGGCGAGACGCUGGGGGCGUCCUCCCUGAGCUUCUUCCCGGGCGGCAAGGGCGCCAACCAGGCGGCGGCGGCGGCGCGCCUGAACUAUCCAACAUACUUCAUUGGCGCCACGGGCACCGACGCCAACGCCGGGCCACUGCGCGCUGCCCUGGAGGGGUGCGGCGUGCGGCUGGACCAUCUAGGCGCCACUGAGGGCCCCAGCGGCACCGCCGUCAUCCUGCUGCAGCCCUCAGGCGAGAACAGCAUCAUCAUAGUGGGCGGCGCCAACCAGGACGACCGGUCCUGGCGGCUGGCACCCGGCGCGCAGCAGCUGCUGCGCUCCGCGGGGGCGGUGCUGCUGCAGCGGGAGAUUCCUGAGAAAGUCAAUAUCGCGGUGGCCAAG